CCGAGUGGUGAGAACGUUUGUAUCGCAAGAUUUGAAAAUGGAAUUCAAACCCACUGAACACCAGCAUGUUCGCUACAACCCCCUCAAGGACGAAUGGAUUCUGGUCUCCCCGCAUCGCUGCCUUCGGCCUUGGAGCGGGCAGACCGAGCCGUCAGAGGAAAACCAGCCGCCAGACCCUAAGAACCCGUUAAAAGCUGGAGCACUUAGAGCUAAUGGACAGCGCAACCCAAUCUACACAUCGACAUACGUGUUCCCGAAUGACUUUCCCGCUCUGUUGGAGAAAGUCCCCGAGCCGCCUGUGUCGGAGCAUCCUUUGUUCCAAGCCGCUGCAGCAAAGGGGACUUGCAGGGUGAUGUGCUUCCAUCCGGAUUCAACGAUGACAGUGCCUCUCAUGUCGGUUGAUGAGAUACUGGCUGUAAUUGAAGAAUGUCGCGACAAGUUCCACAGCGGGCCUCACUUACACUAUGAGAAGAAGAAGGCUCAAGGUCAUACAAAGGACAAUGGAAAGGGCUAUGCACGGAGUUUCAAGCGAGUAAGAGAAACUAGAGUAACCGACAUAGCCCAAAGAAUUGCAAAACUUAAUGGCAGUGGACAGGGCACAUUGCUCGCAGAACAGAUGGCUGAUCGACGACGGCAUAAGUUGGAGCAGAUGGUGGAGUGCGGCUUAAAAAUGCUGCUGCGGAAGGUAUUCGGAUUGAUAAUAACACUUAUUUAUUACAGAACUCAGAUGGAAUAUUACACGAAGCACAGGAAGGCCAUGUUAGUGGAUUAUUUAGAGCAAGAAUUGGAAAAAAAGGAACGUAUAGUCAUAGAGAACAACCAUUGGGUGGCCUUGGUGCCUUACUGGGCAAUCUGGCCUUUUGAGACCAUGCUCCUACCGAAGACGGGAGCUCCACAACGUUUGACAGACUUAAGCAACGACCAGAAGAGAGAUUUGGCCGAAAUCAUGAAGUUAUUGAAUACGAAAUAUGAUAAUUUGUUUAACUGCAGUUUUCCUUACAGUAUGGGUUGGCAUGGAGCACCGACAGGCCCAAACACAGUUCCCGGCGACUCCCCACAUUGGUUAUUACAUGCUCUAUAUCUCCCGCCUUUGCUUCGUUCGGCUGCGGUGAAAAAAUUCAUGGUUGGCUACGAAAUGUUAGCCCAGUAUCAACGAGACUUAACGCCUGAACAGGCUGCUGCUCGACUGAGAGAAUGUGAUCAUUUAAUUCAUUAUACAGUUAAAAAGUAACUUCUUACAAAAAAAUAGUUUUUGUGGGUGAGAUUAUUGUGGGUUUUAAAAAUAGGGCUGUUAAUUGGUGAAUAUAGUUUAAAAGCAUUGCCAUAUUUUUUUGUUGAUCUUCUUUUACCCAAUUUUUUUUAUUUUGUAAAUGUUGUACAUUAAACAUGAAUUAAAAUUUA